AUGCUGCCAGGUGCAUCCGCAAUAUAUACGCUAAGGAAACAUGAAUGCGAAGUGACCUGCCUGAAAGUUGUUCAUCUGAAUGCAUUCCCUAUGUUGGUGUCUGGCGAUCGAAACGGGCUAAUAAUAAUAUGGGAUCUUAUCGCUCGUCGGCCCAGGUUUCAACACCAACUUGAAUCAAAAGCCCAUAUCGUGUCUAUCGGGUAUCUAGAUCAUUAUAUCACACUGCUAUCGAAAGAUCAUACACUUCGGUUUUUGUGCUGGUGUAAGAAUAACUGCGUGGUCCUUACUGGUCAAGAUCACGACGAUACAAAUGAAUGUGAGGGAUUACAUCAAGUAUAUGAGAUCCCCGUUAACACGCUGAAUUUUGCCAACGUCGCACUAACCCCAGCAGAAGAUGGGCUCCAUCGUCUUUGGUGCUGUCAUACCGUGGAUUCCGAGUCAUUCGAUGUCUACACCUUCAACUUGCAAGAUCCACACUCCUUGAAGCGUCAAUUCAAUAGAGUAAAUCUGUAUGAUGCUUUGCUAUCAGCAACGAACUGGAAGCGUGAUAAUGCUUUGGAGAAAACCGGCAUCGUGAUGAAAUUUUUAGAGCACAAAGGUGUGGUUUUUUUAGGUUUUGAAAGUGGUUUUGUGGUGGGAGUUCAAUUGCUGGAGACACCAAAUUCUCAACCAGUGCUUGCAUUAGUAUAUGCGUCUUCGAUCCAUUAUCCAGAGCCAGUUCUAUCUCUAUGUGUCAGCAGCGACGGAAGAAGUGUCUACAGUUCUUCAACUAAUAGCGUUAUUGGCAUUCAUAACCUAAGCUCUGUUGCUGAAUUGAGCAUCGAGAGUAAGAUAAUUGGCGGUGUCGCUAUCCCAAACGAAUUAUCCUUAUCAAAAAAUGCUUUAAAGAUGCAAUCAAGUGAGAUAGCACAUCUGGAAAGCAUAGCCAACUGCCUAAUCGCAACUAAUUGGAAGGGCCAAACUCUAAUCUCUAAUAACAGUCAGACAAUUGUUGCGAAUGCCAAAGAACGUAGCAAUGUUCUAGUUGAAGUCUCCAAUGCAGGCAGCUUCUCCGAAGAAAAGAAGACACAAAACUGGAUCAAGGUGAGCAGCAUGACAUGCCUGGAGAGGCAAAAGCCAAAUAGUAUUGAAUGCUUUAACGCAGGUCAAAAAAGACGGAUAGAAACUUUUGCUAGUAGGAACUGGAUAUUUACAGGCUAUGAAGAUGGAUCCAUUGUCAUGCAGAGUUUUGAUACUUGA